AUGAUUCAUUCCAAUCAAAUUGAAAAUAGUGUUGGUGCUGGUACGAAACGCAAACGAAAUGACAACAGACAAGAUUGGCCAAUUCAAAGUCUGUUCCUGUUUACCAACCAUUGUGACUUGGAUACCAUGACCAUAUCACCUGAGGACCUCAAGCACUGUCAAAACGUCGUUAAGGCGCUGCGGAAAGAAAAAAAUAACUACGUAUUCUUGGAACCUUUUGAUCUUACAGUUGUCCCCGGGUACACUGAUGUUGUGAAGAAAGUGAUGGACUUGACAACUCUGUCUCAAAAUCUAGAAGGUGGAGAAUACCAAGAUCGUGAUGCUUUUGCUAGGGACUGCUACCUGAUAUAUGAGAACGCAAUUGCAUACCAUAGUACUCGUGAAACUGCUUGGAUUGCCAACAUGGCAAAAUCCAUGCUUCGGAUCGCAAGAAACAGAUUCAACAAUGUCGAAAAGAAGAAAGAUUCGUCAGGAAAGAACAAAAAACUACUACCCACCAAGAAGAAUAAGAAGGUUAUAUCUGAAACCACCACGAAGCGUGACUCUGUUGGUGCAAAAUUGAAAUUAAAAAUUGGUUCCCUAGCGGAUGCAACUCCGAAACCAAAGGUCUCAAUCAAACUGAAAACUUCACCGCAAGGUAAAAAGAUUCAAGCACCUGAUGCUUCAAAGGAGGAAAAGAAGGCGAAGAAGCCAAGAUUGACAUUGAAAUUAGGCAAGCCCAAAACAAGUGAGUCUGCGGACUCGGUUCCUUCACCAAAGCCAGCAAAAUCAAACAGCAAUUCUGGGACAACUAAACCCACCCCGACGGUUGUUGGAAACUCAAGGGGCAAAGAACUUCCAAAGGCUGUAGCAGUGGCGAAAGCAGAAGCGGCAAAGAAAACCAGCAAGAAAAGUUCAACGAAAAGAAAAGGAAGCGACAAUGCGACUACCAAGACGAAGAAGAUCAAGCUAUCGACCGGUGGAUCACAAGGAUCUUCUCGAGGUACAGGUAUGAGUGUGGUUCGGAAAGCACAAUGUAUUAAGGUAUUAAAUGGCUUAAAGCGGCGACAACAACAGAACGUUGCCGUCUUUCUACAACCAGUCUCUGACAAGAACAUCAUCAAGGAUUACAAAAGCAAAAUUCAAAACCCCAUGGACCUUGGAACCAUGCAAUCAAAAUUGGAUCGGAAUGAAUAUCAGACACCCUCAGCUUUUGUGUUGGACCUACGACGCAUAUUUGCUAAUUGUCUCAUUUACAAUAGCGAAGUAUCAACAUUCCGACGUGUGGCAGUGGACGUCUUGGCGACUGCAGAGCAACUCAUAACUUUUUUUUUGGCUCAACCAGAAUACCCAACAGUUGUAUAUCCCCCCCUCCUAUUCUGCUGGAAGCUCUGCCUCAGCGUGCUUGAUACAUUGUACAAUUUGACCAACCCUCAGGAUGGCGCCCCAACUGCUCAUUUUUUUAUGUACCCAGUUUCUUUCUACUGCGGUGGCCAGUUCCCUCCAAACUAUUUGACGAAGGUGACAAAGCCUAUGGAUUUUGGCACAGUAACAAAGCAGCUGCUGGAAGGUCAGUAUGUUUCCGUUGACCAAUUCGAAGCGGACUGUCGGCUUGUACUUGACAACUGUACUGUCUACUACGGUGGAAGAGAGGAUGGGGUAGUAUUCACUGAACAAGCAAGUCGACUGCGUGCGGUUCUUCAGCAGCAAAUGACGGCCUUAAAGAAGUAUAUCAAAUCGCCGCCAGGUGAAGCUCUUCGCCGAGCAGCACAAAAUGCUGUAAACACGGUCAGUCUGCCGAAGCCACAGAUUCACUUGCUCCUCGGGAUCAUUGAGGACAUGCGAGCUUCGAAGUACACCGACAAAGCAACCAAGAUUACAGAACCAGCCAUGGCUCAAUUCGAGAAGCCAGUCUCGCUGUCUGCUUUCCCGGAUUAUGUACAGAAGGUGAAAACUCCAAUAGAUCUCCAAACGGUAGAGCGCAAAGUGAAAAGCGCUACGUACAAUACUCCCGAGGACUUUGAAUACGACAUGCUAUUGAUAUUCCAGAACUGUAUCUUGUAUAACAGCAGCCGUAACGUAGAUCACUUCGUCUCCUUGGGCAAAUACGGCAUAAAACAGUUCAAGCGUAUCUUCGCUGCGAAGAUAAAGAUCGUCGAUGAUCCAUCGUUUGCCCCCCCCCUUAAGGAGUUAAAAGAUCCUCCCGUGACAGGAGGUGCAUCGAAAAAAGUCAAUAUCGAUGUGGCGCCGGCAAAAGCGGCUCCACGGAUUUCCCUGUCUUCUGCACAACUAACAUCGGCUGCUGAGAAAAGCGCACAGCGACCAAAAUCUUCAAAAUCAAAGACCAAGGCGAACCAACCGGUUCCUUUGCACAUUGCAAUAUCUCAAGUAAAAGAGAAAUUCCCCCUGAGACGCGCAGUAAAGAGUCUGCAGUCAUGGGAGGCAGGAUGUGCGCGCUUUUUUAAAGAAUUGAUGCGACACACUUGGAUUUCUGCUGCACGACCGAAGUUCAUCUUCCAUGUCCCAGUCCCAGUCCUAUUCCCUCAAUUGAGAGAUGCCUAUUUUGCGAAAAUAAAGAAACCUAUGGAUCUUACAACCGUCGAGUGCACUUUGUUGGCUGGACAUCAAUACACUUCCCCAGAAGAGUUUAUCAAUGAUGUUGCUCUUGUAUUCGCAAAUGCUAUUCGUUUCAACAAAGAUGGUCGAGACAUAGGAGACCCGCUAUCAUGCGCGUACUAUGAUGCUUCAAAGCAUCUCUUGCGUUAUUGUAGAUGGCUUUCUCUUGAGCUUCUUUCGGAAUAUGUGCAAGAUAGCGAUCACGUGGACGAAGCUGAAGAAGGGGACCUGCCAGUAUUUUCCUGGAAGUUGACAACCGGAAACGCAAAGAGAUCUCGUGAAGAAAUGGAAGCAAUCGUUUUAAACGAGGUGAUUGAGAAGAGCCUUGAAGGCGAUAGAUACACAUGGAUGGAAGCGGAAUGCGAAAAGCUGAUGAAAGCACUUCGCCACCAAUCAGACUACAAGAACAUGAGGUACUUCAUCCAGUCCGAUUAUCCACCAGAUUACACAGCAUCAAUUUCAAAACCUAUGGAUUGGGAACGUUGCCAAAAGACGUUGAAAAAGCGUCAAUAUGAUAAAUUCAGCAACGUUAUCGAUGAUCUGCGUCUUAUCUUCUCCAACGCGAAGAAAUACAAUGGGCCCCGGAUGGAUCAACCUGUUUCAAGAGAGUGUUAUGACGCCGCAUCAGUCAUGCAUAAGAAACUGGAGGGUGCUAUCAACAAAAUGAUGUUAACUGUCAGCGAUCGUGUCGAGAGAGAACGCAUAGAUCACAACAAUGCUGAAAGGGAAAUUGAGGCCGCAGAACGAGCUGAGAAGGAGCGUAUUCGUGCUCAAUGGGACAGCAGCGAAGGGGCGAGAAGUGGGGAAGGUGGAUCAUCUGAUCAGUCGUUUUCAGUUUCUGCUCAACGGAUCCGAUCAAGGUCUAGAGCUGUCAUCCGGCGAGAAACAGAUUUUGAAGUUCCUUUCUUCGACGACGAGGACGACGGCCAACACGAGCGGUCAUAUCUUGAGGUUGUGAAGCAACAGAAAGCGAUGUUUGAACGACAACGGAAGGAUUUAUCAAACAUGCAAAGGUCUGUAGCGAGUGCUGGAUCAUCCGUCUUUUUGCGCAUGAUGCAAAGAGAUCUCGCAUUGAAAUGGAUGGAUGGAGAAAGGAAGAAACUUGGGAUACAGAAUCCGGCAUCAGGGUUUGCACGUAUUAUGAUGGCCAGUACUCCUGACAAAUCCAAAGCACCCUCAACACAGGGUUCAGCUCCAGACAGUGUUCGCUCUCAAUUGGAAUCCUGGAAAUCAAGCGGAAUUGGCCCUCUGAAGGUCAAGAAGCGCAAGACGCGAAAGAAGAAGCGAAAUCAAUUGGCAAUCGGGUUUGAAGAAGAAGAAAGUGACUGA